AUGGCUCCUAGAUCGACUAAGAAUAGCAACAAGGCCGAUGGUUCUUCCAGCAGGGAGAUAUCUACUCUCCAUGAGGAAGCCGAAGCCGCCCACAUUGACCGAGAGGAGUUACCUGUUGAUGAUCAGCGACAGCCUGACGGUGGAGCACCCAUGCAUGUUCGUUCAGCAGCAACGAAUGAGGGGAACACCGAAGCCAUCAAUGUCGGUACUGCCUUGAAGAGCACCUCUCCUGAUGACACUGAUGACAAUCUUGCACAUGGCGAUAGCCCCUUUGAUGACCCCUUCACAGCAGCUGAAGACGGGGGCUAUGUCACUCCCUUUGAAGAUGAUUAUGACGACCUACCUCAACAGCACGAGGAGGUGAAGAGCUUGAAGACACAGAAGCGUGAGGGUACCACCGAGGUCAUGACUGAGGCCAGAGCUGCCACUAGACUACCGGUACAGCAAUCACGUAUGCCCUUGACUAGAAGACCUGAUGAUUUGAAGUCCCAGACUGGGACUAGUCCCCCCCUUGUAGGCGACCACGCUGGUCCGACAAGGAGAUUGCAAUCUGAACAUAUUGAUCGACCUGGUGCCCAACCAGCUGACUAUUAUGACUACCCCUCUCGACGUCGAGCUGCAAAUUGGUACGAUGAUGGUGUCUAUGCUGACGGUGACCACACUACCUCUAGAUCGAGCAGAUGGAGCGACGCUGAGUGGGACGAUUGGCAAGAAAAUCAAGACCGACAGAAGAUCUCCAAGGUCAUCUCUGAUGUUGAAUGGAUGACUCCCGUGCUUGGGAAAGGCAAGUACUGGGACGGUUCAGUUGAUGGCCCUGACAGCAUUGCCUUGAGCGAGUUCCGGUAUAAGCUAACUAAUAGCCCUGACUACGAGUACCAGAACGAGUGCUGCAAAUAUUUUAUUGUCAGACGAAACCUUUCUGACAGUAUAAGAAAACUGGUUGAUGUCUACGAGCACAACAGCGACUUACAGCCUGCCAGCUAUCAUCAACCCUAUCGCCCGAAUAGCCGAUAUUGGUCUGAUCGACGAAAGCAGCUAUGGACGUAUCUUACUACGGUAUUCGGUGACUCUGAUGGUGGAUUCUUAGAAACUCAAUGGAUCAACAUGUACCUCAAGAAGACUGAGCGGUUCAUUGACUUCUACGCCACACAUGAAUCUAUUGCUAAGGAGUUGGCUCGCACGAGAGGAUAUAAGACCCUGACUGAGCAGGAGAAGAGGAGCCAUUUCUACAAUUGCUUACCCCCUAAAUUGAAGGUUCACUUGGACGAGCAAGGUUACUGGACCCCCGGUGCGGUUGGUUAUGCUAAAUUGGUGGUUUUGGCUCAGAGUUGGUGUAGGGUACACUGGGACAAGUCUGUCUCCGUUAACCAUGUGGACGUAACUGAUGCUACUACUGAUGACAAGGUUGCCAGAGAGAUGCCUUCUGACCCACCUAAGCGCUUUGCACAACGAACUCGACCAGGAGAAGGACAAUCUGCGUUCUAUGCUGCUAGGCUGAGAGUUCGAGAAGACGAGACGAUUCUCAAUGACCCGAGAAAUAAAGAGAUAUUGCAAGCUUCAUGCGGAAGAUGUCUAGACAACUCCGGUACUCACAAGGCCGAUACAUGCUGUGCUACUAUGAAGUACAAAGAGGACCGAUGCAAGUUCUGUGGCCUGUUUCACAGUAUCAAGUCGAAGUGUCCUGAGAAAUAUGACUCCUAUCAAAAGAAGUGCUCUCGCUGUGGACGUGUAAACCAUGGCACUAUGGCUUGCUUUAGCAACAACCCUACGGUUCAAGGCCUCUCGGUGGUUCUUAUUGAUAACCCAGGCAUGGGUACUAGCCACUUCAUCGACUUCGAGAUCAACGACUGUCAGAAACCAUUACGAGCAUUAUUGGAUAGCGGAGCUGCCAUGAGCGUUAUCCACGAGGCCGAAUUGACGAAGAUUCCUGAUGUUGUUAUACAACCCACCGACUUGGUGGUGCGUACUGCUGAUGGAGGAAGCCCAAAAGUAACAGGUAUCGUCCGGAACCUGAAGCUGACUUUCGCCGACGAUACAGUGGUCUACGAGAGCUUUGUUGUGGUCGACACUCCACUAUCCCAUGCUAUUUUGCUGAGUACGAAUGCCUUACGAGGAGUCGGAGCUGUCUGGUUUAUGACUGAUAAGGAUAAUCUGAUGUUGCUUGGAGGAGACGCCAAGUCCUUCAUCGCUGCACAGAGACGACACCGUGCUGCCAGGACCUACUCACCACAGCCCAUUGACUAUGGUGUCGUUGAGAUCUGUGACUUGGUUGUUGAGCCCCCUAAACCAGGAGCCCCUCGUAAAGAUGCCUAUACUUCUAUGACUUCCAUCCCCAACGACGUGAUGGAAGAGAUGAUCAUUAGCAGUUAUCCACAGACUGAGGACGAUGACGACCUCAUGAACAAAAAAGGCCUCACCGCUGACCAGAAGGUGCAACAGACGAAGAUUGCACAAGCCAAAGACAUUGCUACUGAAGACACGAAGCCCUUCAAGUGGAAAUUGUUACCUUCAACGCCGAAGAGCCGGCUGGGACGUUUCUGUUUGGAUGUGCCCUGGAUUGAUGAUCGACGACCUGAUGGUAGACUAAACGGCAUGGCCAUACAGCGAGCUAUUGCCACUGACUCAAGACUACGUGAUAAAGAACGUGCUGCCUAUCUGGAGGUUAUCAAGUCACUAUAUGAUGAAGGUUAUGUUCGACACGAGAGGCGUGACAACAUCGAGCACUUGAUACCGAGCUUCCCUGUGGUGAGACCUGAUCAUGCCACUACUAAGGUGCGAUUGGUUACUGAUGGAAGCACUGGCCUAAAUCCUCUAUGUCGAGAUGGACCUAUUAUGAACGAUGACCGACUCGGUAUGACCCUUAUGAGCAACCUCCAUCUAUUUAGACUGAGUCCGUACGUGAUCCUAGAUGACCUUCGACGUGCUUUCUAUCAAGUCAAGAUUGAUCCCGAGAACGAACCCUACUUUGGGAUGGCUAACAAGUACGGCUCUGAGAUGCUAUACGGUGUAUGGACGGCCAUGGGUUUCGGAAGCAACUACGCUCCGAGUGCUCUUGGACAAGUGCUGACUACCAUCAUUGAAUUGAACGACUUUCACCACUCGGACGACCAAGAUGUCUCGAUCCUCGGCGAGGUGGCCCUACAAGUCUUGGAUGACUACAACCUAGCCAUCAACCACGCUACCAUAGCUGAUGAAACACCUCCGAUCGAGGUUGACCAUAAGAUUAUUGCUUCUAAUGAUGCCGCCCAGUCCGACGAUACUACACUCCGUUCACAUGUAAGCAUCUAUGUCGACGACGUGCAGUCCAGAGGGGAUACUGUUCCUCAAGUCGAGAGUAUUGCCCGCAAGGUCAUGGGUGGACUCCGAGACCAUGGGUUCGAAGACAAUCCAAAGAAGAGGAUGAAGAGUUGGUUGUCUCACGAAGGCCACUACUUGGGCUACGGUGUGAAGGACGAUUAUAUGUUCGUCGACUAUCGACCUGACCUAAAGCUACUCGAGAAGAAGGGAAGAGAUUUGACUCGACGAGAAGCCUUUCGCCUGAUUAUGGCCUACUAUGACCCUAUCGGUUUAGGAGUUGAAUUUGCUGGACGUCUACGAUAUCUAGGACGACAAUGCUACCAACAUUCCACUUCGUGGGAUGCUAAGAUCAAUGAAUUGGGAUCCAUGGGUAUAACAGUAGAAGUCAGACACAUCAACGGUGACAAGAACCCGGCUGAUGGCCCUAGCAGACCCCAUGGAAAUGACGCCCCCUCCCCAAUGACCAGAACUGAAGUCCAGCAUGCUGUUGCUACUGCUUCUAUUGCUACCCUGGACGUUGUCUUCGACCCCCAUCUGACUGAUGAGAAAGAUGAUCUGCAAGCUGUGGAUGGAAAUCCACCUAUAUGCAAAGUGAACGUGAUCGACAUUGAGCAUUUCUUUGAAGACGAAGAGAUCAAGCAUUUACAAGAUGCUGAUGGGAGGUUGUCGACUAUUAAGGCUACUCUAAGAAAUGUGCCCCUAAAUGAGAGGCCAAAUGGUAUGAGAAUGUAUUGCCUCGAUGAGAACAACGUCCUGUACUUCACCGGUAUCACCUCCAUAGUCGACAAAUCAAGAACGGUGACCCCGUUGCCUGUGAUACCGAGAUGCCCGAAGGUACAAGAAUGUCUACUUACACUACAUGAAGGAGAAGGCCAUGUUGGAGCUGCCAAGCUACUUGCUAUCUAUCAACAAUGGUAUUUCACCCCCAAGGUGCGACAAGUACUACGACGCCUGCUACAGUCCUGUCCCGUAUGUCAACGUACAAGGGAAAGAGCCUGUACUCGUCGAGCAGGAGGAGUUGUUCGACCUCCUGGACUACACUUUGGUGUUGGCAGUUGCUAUAUACUAGAUCUACAAGGCCCUUUUCUCGAGUGUGACGAUGAUCCUGACGUCCCACAGAAGAAGUGGGGCUUGACUAUGACUGAUCCAGUGUCCUUCCAUGUGUUAUUCGAUGUCCUCGACAACCCGAGCACUGGUGCCGUGAUUGACUCGGUUCACAAGAUUAUUGCUAUGAAUGGCAUUCCUCAGGCCGUUGUCAUGGACCCGGGAAGUUGCUUUACUUCCAGUGAUUUUAAGAUGUACCUCAAGUCCCAAGCUAUUGCCUAUACCUACCUACCACGAGAUGCUCAACAUCUUGGAGGCUUUCAUGAACGAGUACAUGGGACUAUAUUGCAACAAGUGAGGAGUCGGUUGACGAGAGCUGAGCUGCAGGAUGAGCCCAUAACCUUCUUAACUAUCUAUAGUGAAGCUGUGGCUAGUGUGAACCGUCUCCCAUUGACCGACUUUGGAGGACUAACCCCCUUCGAAUUAUAUCAUGGACGACGCCCUCGUUAUUUUGCUGGUUCCUGCACUGGUGAGGAUGCUAGACUAGGUCAACAACUUAUUGAUGAAUGGUUGCCCGGCCUACGACGUGAUGAACUAGAUGUUCUAGAGUCUGACCUACAAAUGCUAUGCGAAGAAAUCUAUGAGCGACGAUGCCAAAGUAUGACUGACUACUUCGACCUCUGGAAGGAGCGAAAUGAUAGAGUUCGUCAGAGGAUGCAACGAGCUGCCCAACAGCGAGGCCCUGAUCCGACUAUUGAUGUAGACGACAAAGUCCUUAGGUUCCGUACAAGGAGCCACAAGCAAGAGAGUGGUUGGCAGGGUCCCUAUAUUGUCACUUGGAAGAAUCAAGAUGGUACACUUUAUAGAUUGAAGGGCGAAGAUGGUACCUCUCUACCUUAUGUCGAAGGACGAUUCAAUCUACGCAAGUAUUAUGAACGAGACGAGCAAGAUGAUCUACCUCCGUAUGAUUCCUACGAUGAAAAUGGUGUAAUCCCACCGGAUGAUGUCGAGGUCGAGCACGACGGCGAACUCGAAGAUGCCGACGUUACCAACCAAGACCAGUAUUGA